AUGAGUGAUGGAAUUCCAUUUGAACAUAAAUUAUUUAAAUUCAUCGCUCAAGAAUUUCCUUUCCUCGAAUUUUUAUAUAUAUGUAAUGAUAAUCCACAAGAAAACAAGCAAGAUUCAUCAACAUUAAUUACAUUUCCUUAUCUCACAGUCCUUGACUUAGAAAAAGCACAUGUUGACUAUGCUGAAUUAUUUCUUUUGGAAAAAAAUAUGCAUCUACCUCGUUUGGUAAAUCUUUCCGUAAACAACAAAUCACUCACAACAAUAACAAACAAUUUUACCAAUGAUCCAACACUUUUUAAUUUUGGUAAAUUGACAAGCCUUGUAUGUCAAAAAUUUGUUUCUCCAAAAAAUUUUUGUAAAUAUUUUCCUUUGUUAUAA